AUGGCAAAUAGAGGCUAUGAUGUCGUUGUCGACGUCGACACAGAAGGUGACCUGGGUCACACCGACCUCCAAGACGACGACCUGGAAUUCCACCCGUCAAACUUCGAAUCGGGUUCCUCGAACCGCAAAAUCCAGCCCGACACGCCCUUCCUCUCAAGCUCGACGAAUCCCGCCGGCCUGCCCAAUGACCCCUCGUCCAUGCCGCAGAAACACAUGCUGUGGUCGCUCUCCUUCUACGCGCAGUUCUUCGACGUCGACACCUCGACGGUCCUGCACCGGUGUCGCUCCGCCAUCCUGCCCUUCGUGCCCAACACACCGGGGUUUCUCGACAUCAUGGACGGCAAUCCGGACCUCUACGGCCCGUUCUGGAUCGCGACCACCGUCGUGGUCAUCCUGUUUCUCACGGGGACGAUCAGUCACAAGCUGGCCACGGAAGGGAAGAAGCAUUUCGAGUAUGACUUUAGACUGCUCAGCGGUGCCGCAGGCCUGAUCUACGGAUACACACUGUUCAUACCCCUAGGCCUCUGGGGCGCGCUGCGCUGGUUCGGUGCACAGUCUCUCGAACUGGUGGAGUGCUGGGCGCUUUAUGGGUACAGCAACCUGUUCUGGAUUGCCGUGGCAUUGGUGUCGUGGUCACCGUUGAAUGGACUUAACUACGCCCUCGUUGGGCUGGGUUACGGGGUCAGUGUGUUCUUUUUGGUCAAGAACCUGUAUCCGGUGAUCAGUGCGACGGAGAAGAAGAUCAGCCAGGUUCUGCUGCUGGCGGUGGUCUUGCUCCACGCCGGCCUGGCGAUCGCCAUCAAGAUUUUGUUUUUCAGCCACAAGAGCCCUGCGAAGGAUGAUGACAGUAAGAUGUUGUUGUUCUAG